UUGCCCAGUGGGGGGGGGGAGAGGCGCCCGCCAGACCACGUGACCGGGAAGGGCGUCCUGCUCGGUUAGGUCCAGGCCCGGCCCCACCCCCGGCGUUUGGGGCGGGGGGCCGGUCGGGGCCGGUCCUUGGCCGUCCCGGGCCCCCAUGGCGGCGGCCGCGCGGCCGGUCCGGAAGCGUCCGGUGCCCGCCUGCCCCAACCCGCUCUUCGUCCGCUGGCUGACCGAGUGGAGGGACGAGGCCGCCAGCAGGGGGCGCCGCACACAAUUCGUCUACCACAAGGCUCUGCGGUCCCUUCAGAAGUACCCCCUGCCCCUGCGCAGCGGGAAGGAGGCCAAAAUCCUGCAGCACUUCGGGGACGGGAUCUGCCGCCAGCUGGACGCCAGGCUGCAGCGACACCGAGCCGCCGGGGAAGAGGAUGAAGGUCCGGGGCCCCCAGAGGGAGAGAAAAGUGACCCCGGGGGCUCGGCGCCCAGGCCCGGAGGAGGACCCCGGCCCCCGUCUCUGCCGGGCCCGGCCCAGGGAAAGGCAAGAGGUGCCGGCAGCUACCGGCCCCCGCGACGCUCGGGCCCCUACGUGCUGCUGCUGCUCAUGUACCGGGAACAGAGGCGUCCCAGUGGCCUCAGUUUCCUGUCCAGGGAGGAGUUGCAACAGCGAUGUGAACGGGAAUCUCCAGGGGUGGUCCCCAGCCGCAGCACCGGACCCUGGCCUGCCCUUCGCUCCCUCCUCCGCCGGAAUCUUGUCCUCAGGACCCAUCGGCCGGACAGAUACUCGCUGACGGCAGAGGGGCUGGAGCUGGCCCAGAAGCUCGUGGAGGCCGAGGGGCAGACGGAGUCCGAACCUGGGGUCCCCUCUCCCCACUCCGGCCAGGAAGAGGAGCCACCGGAUGGAGCGUCCAUUGAGCUAGAUCCCGGGGGACGGGACCGAGAGGCUGCCGUGGAGCUCCGAGCCGGAGGAUACGAGAUCGUUCUGUGUGUGGACGUCAGCGAGACCACGGGGGGGACCUCCCGGCCCGAGCUGCUGCAGGAACUGCAGAGCCUGCGGGUCCCUCACGUCGUCCGCAAGCUGCACGUCGGAGACUUUGUCUGGACGGCGCGGGGCCGGGGCAGCGGGGAACCAAGCCAUCCCACGGAGCUGGUCCUCGACCACAUCGUGGAACGGAAGCGGCUGGAUGACUUGUGCAGCAGCAUCAUCGACGGGCGCUUCCGGGAGCAGAAGUUCCGCCUGAAGCGUUGCGGACUGCGGCGCUGCAUCUACCUGGUGGAGGAUCACGGGUCCGCCCAGAACCUCAGCCUCCCGGAGACCACCCUGUUGCAGGCCAUCACCAACACCCAGGUGAUCGACGGCUUCUUUGUCAAGAGAACCGUGGACCUGAAGGAGUCAGCGGCCUACCUGGCCCUUCUCACCCGGGGGCUCCAGAGGCUCUAUGAGGGUCAGACCCUGCACAGCCGGCCUUGGGGAAAGGAAGAGGAAGACCAGGCCCGAGGCGACACCCCCGCCCCCACCCCCCACCCGCAGUGCUCCUUCCUGACCUUCAGAGACUUCAAUGCCGGAGCCAUGAAGAACAAGGCCCAGUCGGUGCGGGAGGUGUUUGCGCGGCAGCUGAUGCAGGUGCGGGGGGUGAGCGGGGAGAAGGCCGCCGCCCUGCUGGACAGAUACAGCACCCCGGCCAGCCUCCUGGCUGCCUAUGACGCCUGUGCCACUCCCCAGGAGCGCGAGGGGCUACUCAGUACCAUCAAGUGCGGCCCCCUGAAGCGUUCCGUUGCAGCUUGUUGAAUGGCUCCGACUGUCAGCCCCAGCCCCGGUGUGGAAGGGUGGGGGCAGGGCCCUGUUCCCUCCGGAGUUUGGGGUGGGGGAGAUCUGAGGCAGGGCAGGCCGGCGCCCCCUCCUCCCCCGGGGCAGCCCCCCGGCCCCACCCCUGCAGGUUAGAAGGCGUAGGCCCCCACGAAGACGGUGAGCCGGAGGACGGAGCUGGACCUGUAGCUCAUGAGCGAGUUCAUGGUCACCAUCUCCAGGUCCAGCACGAACUCCCGAGGGCCCGUCACCGGUCGCGCCAGGACCAGCAUCGCGCUGAUGUUGUUGAUUUGCUGCGGGAGACAGGAGGGAAGGGAUCAACGGGGUGGACCCUGGGGUGCGGUGGGGAGGAGGGGUGGUGGGGAUUGCUUAAAAAGCAGUUCCGCAGCUGGAAGCCCUGCCCCCUGGGAGCUCAAUCUCAUCCCCCUUGGACUCCCGGGGACUCCUGCCUUUGCUUAAAGGGGCCGUUGGAGAAGGCUAGGGUCGAAGGAGGGGCUGGUGGUGAGGGGGAGGCGUCGUCCACAUUACCCCCACCCUCUGCCCCUUGCAUAUGGGUAACAGCUGUUGCCUCCUGCAUGCAAAGAAUCCCCUGUGAGCACAUGCCCAGGUUUGUGCAAAGAAUCUGCCGUAAGCCCCUUCCCCGAGCCCUAAUUUGUGCAAAGAAUCUGCUGUAACCACCUGCAUGUGCCCAGGUUUGUAUAAAGAAUCUGCUGUAACCAUC